AAUGAAAGGCACGUAAUGUCUGUACAAACCCUCGAUUGUCGGCAACACUACUGUAAUGAGUGUUUGACUUAUGUUUUGACAAAACAAUUGGCUUUUGAUUUAACAAUAUAUUACCGAUAAUUGCAUUGAAAGUCGACCCGAAUUCUGACCGCAAAAUGAGUGGCGAAACGGUCGGUAUUAUAUAUCCGCCGCCAGAGCUAAGGAAUAUCGUCGAUAAAACGGCCAGUUUUGUUGCCCGAAAUGGACCCGAAUUUGAGUCCCGAAUCCAACAGAACGAACAAAAUAAUCCGAAAUUUAAUUUCUUAAAACCUGGCGAUCCGUAUAACGCUUACUAUCAGCACAAAUGCAAAGAAUUUCGCGAAGGAGGCAAAUCGGGAUCCGAUAUCGUGGCCGCGCCCACCGGUCCAUACAACACAACUACCACAUCGACGGCUGCCAUCAAACAAUCAACUCAACAGACAACUGUUCCCAAAACAGCCAAACAAUUGGAACUAUUAAUGGAUACACCGAUCAUUCCUCGAGAACCUCCGCCAGACUUCGAGUUUAUGGAAGACCCGCCUUCUAUAUCGGCUUUGGAUUUAGACAUUGUUAAGCUGACGGCACAAUUUGUGGCCAUUCACGGGCGAUCAUUUUUGACAAAUUUGAUGAACAGAGAGCAACGUAACUAUCAGUUUGAUUUUCUACGGCCACAACACGGACUCUUCAGUUACUUUACUCAACUCAUUGAACAAUACGCUAAAAUACACGCGCCGUCUAAGAAUGUAGUGGACAUUUUGUCCAAAGAGUUGACAAAUUCAAAGAUAAUCUUAGAUAAAGUCAGGUAUAGAGUCGAGUGGACUAAAGUACAAGAGGCGGAAAAACGACGCGAAGAAGAAGAAGCAGAGAAGGAACGCAUACAAUACGCUCAAAUCGAUUGGCAUGACUUUGUCAUUGUUGAGAAUGUCGACUAUCAACCCCACGAACAGGGAUUGUUUCCACCACCGACUACACCAGAGAGAGUGGGCUCAAGAAUUCUAUUACAACAAAGAAUUGAAGAACAAGGGCAAGAAGCCGUUGAAAUGGAUGUCGAUUCUGAUGAAGAAAAUAACGACAACAAAGAGGAACCAAAUGCUAACAAAGACAAAGAGUCGAUGCCUCCGCCACCUUUGCCACCACUUCCACCUCAAUUGGAUAAUGUACUCAUUCGUAAAGAUUAUAAUCCGAAGCAGACUAAACCACAAUUAACACAAAACCCGACUCCAAGUCGGACUUCAGAUUCAUUUGUUAUCUCUCCGAUAACGGGUGAGAAAAUUCCUGCCGAUAAACUUCAAGAACAUAUGCGCUUUGGAUUACUUGAUCCGCGUUGGGUCGAACAGAGAGACCGAUCCAUCCAAGAAAAGAUGUCUCAAGAAGAAGUCUAUGCCUAUGGCUCAGCAAUUGAAUCCAGUCUUAAACAAUUGGCUGAAAGGCGUACUGAUAUUUUUGGUUCGGGCGAUGAGGAGACAGUUAUCGGUAAAAAGAUUGGUGAAGAGGAACAUAAAAAAUCAGAUAAAGGGCCGAUUGUAUGGGAUGGACAUACCGCAUCUGUUGAAGCGGCUACGCGUGCGGCCAGAGCUAACAUCACUAUUGAAGAACAGAUCCAACAAAUUCACAAAAUUAAAGGUUUAUUACCGGAAGACGAUAAGGACAAAAUAGGACCCGCACUUCCUUCUACAUCAAACUCAGCCAUAAUAUCCGCUCCUCCUGUGGCUUCUAAUCCUAUGAUAUCAGCUCCGCCGCGAACACAGCUUAUAUCACAACCUCCUGUUUCAAUAGUUACGACUUCAAUAAAUGUUGCGCAAUCUUUGAUGCCUCCACCACAGCCAAUGCAAGCGAUGCAAUCAAUGGUUCCACAACAUCCACAAAUGUUGUCACAGAUGAUGUUAGGCGGUCAGCCAACUCCUCAACAUUAUAUGAUGGCUCCACAUGGUCUUCACAUGCCACACAUGGGCUUAUAUGGUAUGCCAAUGGGACCGCCUCCCGACAUGAAUAUGACACCACUAGGCGUUCCACCUCCUAAUAUGUCGAUGCAAUUUACCAGUGAGGAAGAGCCGAGCUCUAAGAAACAAAGAACUGAAGACAAUUUGAUUCCCGAAGAAGAAUUUGUAGCUAAUAAUGGACCAAAUGUUACCAUUAAGAUACAGGUCCCACAAUCUAGCGAAAAACCCGAGUGGAACUUAACGGGACAGUUACUAACAUUUACUUUGCCAAUGACUGACACUUUAUCGGUGGUAAAGAGCAAAAUACAUGAGUCGACAAAUAUGCCGCCAGCGAAACAAAAACUUCAAUACGAGGGUACUUUUGUUAAGGACUCCAACUCAUUGGCCUAUUAUAAUAUACCUAACGGUGCAUCUAUUGUACUCGGCCUUAAAGAAAGAGGCGGUCGUAAAAAGUAGACUGGUUUUAAUCAUAAUAUAUUUAAACCAUUUAUUAUAUCAUAUUAUGUUAUCUCCAAAUCAUUGUUUAAUUAAUUUUUAGAUCUUUUGUCAAAUACUACA